CAGUUGAGGACUAUUGUUUAAUGUUUGUACGUUUGUACUUUGUGUUUGUAUUCGUGAUUCGUGAUCGUGAGUUCAUGACAAGCAGUUUAUGUGUAUUAUAUAAGGUGACAAGUUUUCUGUGAUUCUUGACGACACAAUCCACACAUCAAUAAUGCGGUGCUGCGUGCCUUUCUGCGAAAAUACUUCCGACAAUAUGUCAACAUCUGAGAGGACGGCAAUUACCUUUCAUGGAUUACCCAGUGAAGACAAUCUCCGUACUGCUUGGCUCAGAGCCCUCGGCACACAAGACCAUCACCUGCCCGACCCUGCUGUGGUCUGCUCCCAGCACUUCCUAGAUGAUGACUUUUAUACAACAGAGAGUUGUGUGCGGCAGAUUCACUCUAAUGCUGUUCCUUCAAUAGUGCAGAUGUGCAUGAUAUGCCUGGACUCUGACAGCAAGCUGUCUCUAAUGAGUAAACACAAGUUGGAGGAGGCAUAUGAACAGCUGACUGGACUGUCUUUGUGUCGUCGAGGAAACCUAAAGCAAACGCUCUGUGUGAUGUGUGCUCAGAGAUUGAUCAACUUCAGCAGAUUUAGAGACUUGAGCUUGAGAGCCCAUUCACUGCUGACGGACUCAGUUGAACAACAUGCAUCAAAUACUAUACAACACAAAGAAUUGAUGAACUGCACAAGUGCACAUCUGAAGUGUAAUUUGACACAAACAACAUUAGGAGCUAACCAUUGUGACUUGUACAUAGAUCACACUGAUGGAGAGGAAUCUGUAGUGGGAGAUGUUGCAACAGUUGUGGUGAAGAAUGAAAACAGUUCUGACUCCAUGUCGAGUGCUGAUAACUUGGAAUUGGCACAAGAAGAUGACAAUCACAUAGACAAUUCCAACAAUGAGUGUGCAUCUGAUGAUGAAUACUCUGACAUGAGCAUAGAGUUAGAGUCUAGGCUACUGGAUGAAGCUAUAAGUCAAGCUCUUCGUAGGAAAGCAGACCAUGUGGCCGCAACACAGAGUUCCAUAAACAGUGAAAGUGAUAUCUUCCAAUGUGAAUUUUGUUUUGAGGACUUUGUGCAAGAACUUGCAUACAAGGAACAUAUGAGCACGCAUCUCCAGAGUGCUGGUGGCGGAGCUGCAUGUGUUGCAUCACAAGUGUGCGAGCCUCGUGCAGCUGUGAGCCGCAGCUGUGACUCACUCGUGCUGCAGAACAAAACAGGAAGUCAGAGGCUGAAUGAUGACCCUCCCCCGUCUGCAGACUGCGCUCAGGCUUUAGUGGCUCCACUGUCCGCGAGACUUGCGGCAAACAACGAUAACAAAGUGCAGGCAACUGAAGAAGCAGGUGCGAUCCAGAAAAGCGAACAAAUCCUUGAAACUAACAUCGACCAACUGGACAAGCGAUCAUCUCAGAGCGGCACCAAACCAUACACAGAUUGUGUAGUCCAGUUAUACGACAUAUUCAAGAAACCCAAACAAGCUGUACCAGAUGAGAAACCACGCGUGAGAAUCCACACUGCUGCCAAGCCUUACUCUUGUCAGAUAUUGAACUAUAAAUGUGCACCAACAAGUCGAAUAUUGAAACACAAGAUGACCCACCGUGGGGAAAAACCAUUUUCUUGUGAUAUAUGUAAUUACAAAUGUGCGCGAAAAGGUCAUUUAUUACAGCAUAUUAAAACCCACACUGGGGAAAAGUCAUUUUCUUGUGAGAUAUGCAAAUACAAAUGUGCUCGAAAAAGUGAUUUAUUACGACAUAUUAAAACCCACACUGGUGAAAAGCUAUACUCUUGUGAUAUAUGCAACUACAAAUGCGUGCUUAAAAGUAAUUUGUUAUGGCAUAUUAAAACCCACACUGGCGAAAAGCCAUUUUCCUGUGAGGUAUGCAAUUAUAAAUGUACAAAAAAAAGUCAUUUAUCACAGCAUAUUAAAACCCACACUGGUGAAAAGCCAUUUUCUUGUGAGGUUUGCAAUUAUAAAUGUGCACGUAAAGGUAAUUUAUCACGGCAUAUUAGAACCCACACUGGUGAAAAACCAUACUCUUGUGAUAUAUGCAAUUAUAAAUGUACACAAAAAGGCAAUUUAUUACAGCAUAUUAGAACCCACACUGGUGAAAAGCCAUUUUCUUGUGAGAAAUUGUAAUUUUGCGCGAAAAAGUGAGUUUUUACUGCAUAUGAGUACCCACGACAACAAUUGUAAGAAAUAACAGUCACGUGUGCGUGAGAUGUGCUUGUCGGCGUACUCGGCCAAGAACAAAGCUCAGCUCCAUACACCUGCGGUUUUAUUAAUAUUAACAUGGAUUAAUUUUUUAAAUUUUUAUGUUACAUGUUUAUAAAUAUGUUGUUGCAGUUUAAUUUCCUAAUACAACUGUGUUAUGUACUUGAUGUUGUCCUGAGCCUAAGGAUGCCUGGUAGUUAUCGUUACAAUGCGAUAAGACCGCUGUUUGUUUUUCCAUGUAUUUCUGUUUUAUUUGCCUAUACAUUUUAGUAGAGGGCAAAAAAUAAAUAAAUUUGAUCUAAAAAUUUAAAUUAAAAAAAAAAGACUAAAUAUACUUAUAUUUAUCAUCAUUAUCAACCCAUAUUCGGCUCACUGCUGAGCUGGAGUCUCCUCUCAGAAUGAGAGGGGUCAGGCCAAUAGUCCACCACGCUGGCCCAAUGCGGAUUGGCAGACUUCACAUACGCAGAGAAUUAAGAAUAAUUCUCUGGUAUGCAGGUUUCCUCACGAUGUUUUCCUUCACUGUUUGAGACACGUGAUACUUAAAUUCUUAAAAUACAACUGAAAAGUUAUAUUUAUAUACAUAUUUUUUUAUCUUACAUUUAUAUCUCAGUUUACAAGCAUCUAUUUAUUUAGUUAGUCCGCCAUAUUGAAUCUAUACUAAUAAUAGGAAGAGAUAAAGUAUGUGAGGUUGUAGUGUAGGAGGUGAUCGGAUGAUUUUGAAUAAAAUAGCUUCUGCUACUUGAGACUACCGUCGUUUGGUGAACUACGCGAUGUCAUCAUACAACUGUUUCAUAUGUGUAACCAUUACUUAUUGUCAACGCCGCAAUGUUCCUCAAGGCGAUAAUUGCACAUUGAUUACCGCAGGCGUUUACUUUAUUGCAUCAUAAUAUCAUUUGUCUACCUACCUGCGACUAUUUUUCAUAUUGUCAUUCACUUGUGCCAUCUUCCAUUACAACGCAAUACACGU